GAGAAGAUUGUCAUUUAAUACAGAUUGCUAGAGAUGGAGCACUUGGCUUUAGUCAUUUUGCUGGCUACUCUUGGAGUAGCUGAAAUUCAGGCCCAAAACUGCACGCUUCCCUUAAUGAGGGUCGGCGAAAAGCAAUACUUUGUGGAGAGCAAGGAUAAGGCCAACUGGUACGAUGCCAACGAGCGCUGCAUCCGAGCGGGACUCCAACUAGCCACUGUGGACUCCGAGUACAAGUUCAACGAGCUAGCCGACUUCCUAUCAUACAUGGGCUAUCGCGGGGAUUGGAUCUGGGUGGGUGCAAUUGGUCGUCAAGGCAGUUGGAUGCAGUUCGGACCAGCUCGUCCCUUGCCCUAUGCUAAGUGGAACAUCGGACAGCCGGAUAACAUGAACAGUGAAAACUGCAUGAAUCUUUACCGAAUUGGAGAACCGUGGCUCAUGAACGACUACACUUGCCGCUCCAAGUUGUCCUAUAUCUGCGAAGCUGAUACGACUAGGGUGUACGUAAAUUAGAUAAACUAUUUAUAUA